AUGGCUGACUCAAUCCGUCUACGAAUUGCUUCAAUCAAGCAAGGCUCAAAAGAAAAGAGGAAACCAUCAGGGUGGAUUAUUCCAAGGCAAAAAUCUAGCUUCGGUGACGAUGAUGCGUGGUGAGUAUUUCAACGGCUUUUGAAAUAAUCGAGAAGCCCAAUUUACCACUUCCACUCUUGUGCAGUUCUCUUACCACAACAACAGGACAAAUAUUGAUACUGAUGUCACCCCUCUCGAACGACAGACAUGGACAGCCUGGACCAUGGCCGGAUUUUGGUUCUCGGACGCUUUAAAUGCUCAAGGAUGGCAAGCUCCCGCUAGCAUCAUCGCUAUUGGAUUGACCUGGUAUGUUUUGAGAAACUGCUUUUUAAAAAUUCCGAAGAACUCAUGCUACUUUAGGCGCGAAUCGAUAAUAUGUAUCAUUUUUGGCAGUCUUGUGUGUACUGUUCCGCUUGUACUUAAUGGAGCCAUUGGCCAGCGACUCCAUGUUCCCUUUCCUGUCGCUCUGAGAUCAGGAUUCGGUUGGCAUUUUGCCCGAUUCGCUGUUGUAGUUCGCAUGACCACGGCCUUAUUUUGGCACGCCAUCCAGACUUACACAGGUUCUACGGCCAUUACCCAGUGUAUUCGUGCUAUCUGGCCAUCUUAUCUCGAUAUACCAAAUCAUAUACCAGAAUCUAUAGGAAUCACAACUCAGCAGAUGGUCAGCCAUUUGAUAUUUUGGCUCAUUCAAUUCCCUAUCCUAUUGACACCACCACAUAAACUGAUGUGGUUUUUUAUAUUCAAGACCUGUAAGUCCUACUGGUUUUCUUCUAAUUCUAUUCAUCUACAGUAAAGCAGGAUUCCUAACAAAUCGACAGUUAUCGUUACCUUUACAAGUGUAGGUGUGGUGAUAGCCAUGACCCAAAAGGCGGGGGGAACAGGAGACAUCUGGGACCAAGGUUACACAGUUCACGGAUCAACUAGAUCCUGGCUUAUUUUGUCAAGUUUCUCCUCAAUUACUGGAGGAUGGGCAACCAUGGCGACUAACAUACCAGAUUUUACAAGAGUUUGUUCUCAGUCCUUACCUUUAGAAGCAAAGCUGACUUGAUAUCACAAGUACAUCGGCGAUAAGCACAACAAAGCUAUAUACUAUCAAGUUGGCCUUCUUCCAUUUAUCCAACUCUUUCUAGGAAUGUUCGGAAUCAUCUCUUGUUCCGCAGCAAAAGUAGUUUACGGCGAAUAUAUCUGGGAUCCUCUCCAGCUCGCUUCGAAAUGGGACGGGCCCGCUGGACGAGCCGGAGCUUUCUUUGUUGGCUUCAGUUGGGUUGUGGCUCAAAUCGGGACAAAUCUCAGCGCCAAUGUCAUUUCCUUCGCUAACGAUUUCACCUCCUUGUUCCCGAAAUAUAUCAACAUUCGCCGUGGUGUCAUAGUUUGCACUAUAAUCGCCGCUUGGAUCAUGGUGCCAUGGAAAAUCGUUCAUUCUGCCGCAUCUCUAUUGAAUUUUAUGAGUGGGCUUGGUAUAUUUUUGGCACCGAUUGCUGCAAUACUAGCAUCAGACUACUGGGUUACGAAGAAGAAGCACAUCGACGUUCCCGCUCUGUAUAAGAGACAUGGUCGCUAUCGUUACAAUGCUGCAGGAACCAAUUGGCGUACAGUAGUUUCGUUUCUGCUUUCAGUUGUUCCUAAUCUUCCGGGAAUGUAAGUUCUCAAGUUCUUAGAACAAUUGUCCUAUCCGAUCAAAUCUAGAAGGGAAGGAAUAUUUUAACUUCUCCCUCUGGUUUGAUAUCCCCGACACUUCUAUAUAGUAGAUAUGUCCCAGAAAUGGCGCUAACCUCAAGACCCCACAGGGCGGCCCAAGUCAAUCCCAAACUUGAAGUAGGCCACCCUAUCUAUAUAAGUUCCCAUAAAUUCCUUUCAACGCUGACCAAUUGAUAACUUAGGUUCACGGUGCGCAAUAUAUCUACAACAUGUUCUACCUCUGGGGAUUCACCAGUGCAUUUCUCUGCUACGCCAUACUUAGUCACUUCUUCCCAGCCACCGAAACGAUCAUUCCAGAGACCAUAAAGGAAGAGGUCGAAGUCAUUGGAGGUGUCGAAUACAGAAAUGACGGGUUUAACGCGCCUGUUAAGAUCGAAAAAGGAUCUACUCGUACCCGCAGUCAGGAUGGGAAUGAAAAGACUGCAAUGGCAAGCGCUGAUUAUGUCUAG